AUGAGGAAUUCCUACACAUUUCUGGCGUCCUUUCUCUCAAUCGUCAAUUUUCUUCUGCUAAUUCCUGAAGAUUUCUGUGCAAAAAUCAUUGGAGGAAAUCAAGUAGAUCCUCAUUCAAGACCCUACAUGGUACUACUUAAAGGGAAAAAAAUCUGUGCUGGGACUCUGAUUGCAAAAAACUGGGUGCUGACUGCAGCUCACUGUCCCCUGGGCCAAAAAGCCGAGGUCAUUCUUGGAGCUCAUACAAUAAACAAGAACGAACCAGAAAAACAGAUAAUGUCCAUCAUCAAAGAGAUUCCUUAUCCAUGCUAUGAUCCAGACACACAUGAGGGUGAUCUUAAACUUCUACUGCUAAACAAAAACGCAAUACUUAAUAAAAAUGUGACUAUCCUUCCACUACCUGAAAAGGGGGAGGAUGUGAAAGCAGGAAUGGUGUGUCGAGUUGCAGGAUGGGGGAAAUUUAACAAUCAGUUACCUAAGUCUUCAAAUAUUCUGAGGGAAGUCAAUGUCACUGUCAUAGACAGAAAAGUCUGCAAUGAUGAAAAACACUAUAAUUAUAAUCCCGUGAUUGGACUGAAUAUGAUUUGUGCCGGAAGCCUCCAAGGUGGAAAAGACACGUGUAAUGGAGAUUCUGGAAGCCCUUUGAUAUGUGGUGGUACUUUCAGAGGCACCACUGCCUUCGGCCUUCCAGGGAAAUGCGGAGACCCACGGGGACCUGGUAUCUACAUUCUUCUCUCAAGUAAAUACCUCGCAUGGAUAAAGAAGACUAUCAAGGGGAUAGCUUAG